AAGCAUUAUUUUAGUGGAGGAGACUGCUAGAGGGCAAUCAAUGUUGAAGGGCUGGAUGAACCAGGGCAAGCAUUUUGGUGGGUUGUACUUCAGGUGCACAAUUUCAGUAGGCACUGUUUUUUUUUUGGCUCUGAUCCCAGAGAUUUACCCAUUUGGAAGGUUGGCACUUAAUAGCCAGACCUUCUGAAUGUUUGGCACAUGUGAGUGAUCUUGACUAGCAUUACAACUUCAAUAGCAUUUUGCCCACAGCUGUAGCUUUGAAAAAUAAUGUGUGGGCAAAACAAAACAUGGUGUUGUGUUGUUUGGUGGUGUGUAUUGUCAUAGUUGAUGUUUACAAAGGGUUGCUUGUGCUUGGGCUACUUUAUGAAGUCAGAAUCCAUUUGUUAUCCUUGCCCUGUACUCUAAAAACUCCAUAUGUCUCAACUAAGCUUUUCAGACUUGAUCCUUCAUCUGGAAGACAGGACAAUGGACAGAGAGCUGCAACUUGAAGUUAUAUGUGGCACAUAUGAAGAAUUUGUGGUUGGUUACCAGCUUUUCACAUACUCUGGAGAUGAAAAGGUGCACCAGUUUGAGCAGACGUUCGCCGACCACUCCCACACGGCCAGCGUGCGGGCGGUGGCCUGCGGCGGUGACCUGCUGGCCUCGGGCGGCGCCGACGAAAUUGUCAAGCUGUACAGCAUGCGACGCCGCACCGAGAUGGGACAGCUGAUGGAGCACCAAGGCACCAUCACCUGCCUGCAGUUCCACGGGCGGCACCACCUGCUCUCCGGCUCGGAGGACGGCCGCGUGGCGGUGGUGCGCGUCGACAACUGGCAGCGCGAGAAGUACCUGGGCGGCCACCGCGGCGGCGUGACGGCGCUGGCCGUCCACCCGUCCGGCCGGCUGGCGCUGACUUCGGGCCGGGACCGCAAGCUGCUCACGUGGGACCUAGUGCGCGGCCGCGUCGCCUUCCGCACCAACCUCAAGGCCGCGGCCGAGUUCGUGCUGUGGUCGCCAGAUGGCAGCACGUACGCGGUGGGCGUGCAGGGCCGCUGCGAUGUGUACAGCGUGGCUACGGCCGGUGUGGUGCACAGCCUCAAGUCGGCCGGCAAGAUCAACUGCGCCGUCUACAUCUCGGAGACGCAGCUGGCGUGCGGCGACGAGUCGGGCCAGGCCAGCGUGUUUGACGUCUCGGAGGCGGGCGGCGGCCGCGGUGUGAGCUGGCCGGCGCACGAGUCCCGGCUGCGCGCCGCCACCGUGGUCCGCCGCUCCGAAGAGCUCAGCUGGCUCGUCACCGCCUCCUCCGACGGCUGGAUCAAAGUCUGGCAGGCGCCGGUGCCGGCCGUGACCGAGCAGCCACUCCUGGUGGCCAGCUACAACACCACCUGCCGGCUGACCAGCGUCACGCUGCACGUGCCGCCCGAGAGGCGCUGGCCGCCGGCCGGCGCCGAGGAGGCCGCUGUCGGCGCCGUCGCCGAGCAGCGGACGGACAGAGCCGCGGCGGAGCAGGAGGAGGACCGGCACCCGGCGGAGCAGAACGGCGCGACGGCGAAGCGGAAACGGCCGGACGCCGACCAGCAGGCUAGCCCGAGCAAGAGGACGGGCAAGAGGAGGCGGACGGAAGAGGCCGGAGCGUCCGGCAAGCCGAAGAAGACGGGCGAACGGGAAGGCAAGGCGGGCAAGGUAAAGGGGAUGAAGGUGAUGAAGAAGAGCAAAGAGAAGAAGGCCACGAAGACGAGCAAGGAGAAGAAGACCAUGAAAACGAAACAAAAGAGCUUAAAGAAAGUUCAAAAAGCAAACGUGAAAGGCCUGAAGGCUUUGACGCUCAAAAAGAAGAAAAAGAAAAAGAUUCUGGCAAUUGAGUAAUACAUGGUUCUUGUAUGUGAUCUUUGCGGGACUGGCUGUGCGCUGUGAAGGCAGAAUAAAUUAUGGUAGU